GCUUAUAUCUGCCUAACAAAAUAGCUCCCAAAUUGCACUCGACUGCAGAAGCUAGGGUUCGCACUUUCGCAUCCAUCAUCUCUGUCCAAGAAUCCACACCAGCUUCACCGAUCGAAUUCGAUCCUCCAAAGCCCUAAUCUAGGACUUGGAGAACGACUACAAGUGAUAUAAUGGACUUCGACGAGUACGAGUACUUGGAGAAGACAGUCGACGAAUCCGACACCAGGAAUGGUUCAUCUUCGAAGACCAAAGACGUCAGCUCGGAGAAGAGCGAAAAGGGUCACAGGCGGAAGGGAAGAGAAGAUGAUGGCGAAGAUGCUGAAGAUGACCGCAUUGAAGAACGGAGAAGGAGCAAGAAAUACAAAGGGGAUGAAGAGAACGGCGGGAGCAGGAGGGAUGUAGACAGAGACCGUGACCAUGGCCGUAGCCGUGAGGAGAGGUCUUCCCGGUCGGAGCGUCACAGAAGUAGUGGUAGGGAUGGAGAGAGAGACGUCGAGAGAGAAAGAGAAAGGGAUCGUCGGAGAAGCAGUAGGGAUGGCGAUAGAGAGAGGAGUUCCAGAGGGAGGGAUAAGGACGAUGAUAAAGAUAAAGAAAGGGAGAGGAGAGACAGAGAUAAAGAUCGAGAGAAGAGGGAGAAGGAAAGGGAAAGAGAAAGAGAAAGGGAAAGGGAGAGAGAAACGUCUAGAAGGAGCCGCAGUCACUCAAGGCUUGAACGUGAACGAGAGAAGGAACUGAUACGAGAGAGAGAAAGAGAACUCGAAUCAAGAGAGAGCAGGAGACUUAAAGAUAAGAAAGAUGCAGUAGAGCCAGAAGCAGACCCUGAAAGGGAUCAAAGAACUGUUUUUGCUUACCAGAUGCCAUUGAAGGCAACUGAAUGGGAUGUUUACGAGUUCUUUUCUAAAGCAGGAAAGGUGAGAGAUGUGAGAUUGAUCAUGGAUAGGAAUUCAAGAAGGUCAAAAGGAGUCGGGUACAUUGAGUUUUAUGAUGCAAUGUCUGUGCCAAUGGCAAUUGCCCUUUCUGGUCAUUUACUUUUAGGGCAGCCUGUGAUGGUGAAGCCUUCAGAGGCUGAGAAGAAUCUUGUUCAGUCUACCGCCACAACUGGGGCGGCAGGUGGUGGUGCUGGAGCCUUUGGGGCAGUUGACCGAAAGCUUUAUGUUGGAAAUCUACACUUCAACAUGACUGAGUUGCAACUCAAACAGAUCUUUGAAGCUUUUGGUCCUGUUGAGCUUGUUCAACUCCCCACUGACCCUGAAACAGGGCACUGUAAAGGUUUUGGGUUUGUUCAAUUUGCUCAACUUGAGCAUUCGAAAGCAGCACAAAGCUUGAAUGGGAAGCUUGAGAUUGCUGGUCGAACUAUUAAGGUGUCUUCAGUUACUGAUCAUGUUACUGCACAAGACACAGGAGCAAAAGCAGCAGACUUUGAUGAUGAUGAUGGUGGAGGUUUGGCACUAAAUGCUCAAUCAAGAGCUAUUCUUAUGGCAAAACUUGAUCGCAGUGGUAUUACCACAGGUAUUCCUGGGGCUAUUGGAGCACCUAUAGUUAAUGGAUCUGGUCCAGUUCAAGGAGGUGGUUUAGGCAUGACUAUGGCAGCAGCUACAAAUACAAUUCCCAUUUUGCCCCCACAAAUUGUCUCAGAGCCAAUUGGAAACCCUAGUGAGUGUUUGCUGCUAAAGAAUAUGUUUGACCCUGCUGCUGAGAGUGAUCCAGAAUUUGAUUUGGACAUCAAAGAGGAUGUGGGAGAAGAAUGCUCCAACUAUGGAAGGGUGAAGCAUAUUUAUGUUGACAAGGAAAGUGCUGGCUACGUGUAUCUACGAUUUGAGAGUGUGGAGGCAGCCUCACGAGCUCAACAGGCAAUGCAUAAAAGAUGGUUUGCCCGCAGAUUGAUUUCGGCCAUUUUCUUGCAACCAUAUGAAUAUGAGGCCAAGUUCAAAGGAACCUGGAAACUGUGUAAUCUGUGCAAUGUGUAA